CAAUAGGAAGACCUCCAGAAGCUCCCCGCGCUGCGCGGAUGUGUUUGCGGCCUGUGAGAGUAGGCCCUUCGGCAGUAGUCUCCCGGUUAGCGGCGCGCAGAAAUCUCGAGCUGGUGGACCCCCGCCUUCGUAACCUGGAGCCCGGAAGGCCGCGAAAACAGUACAAUUUCCUCAGCGGCGGGAGUCUAUCCUGAACUUAGAUCGUGUACAUUUUGGGAACUUAUUUUAGAAAAGAUCUAAGUUUAAAAAAUUCUCAAUGGACAGACAGAGAAAAGAGGGUCUUUGCCAACUCCUUUGGACCGCUGUGGUAAGAAUGUCUUUCCCCCCUCAUUUGAAUCGCCCUCCCAUGGGAAUCCCAGCACUCCCACCAGGGAUCCCACCCCCACAGUUUCCUGGCUUUCCACCACCUGUACCUCCAGGGACUCCAAUGAUUCCUGUACCAAUGAGCAUUAUGGCUCCUGCUCCAACUGUCUUAGUACCCACUGUGUCCAUGGUUGGAAAACAUUUGGGAGCACGGAAGGAUCAUCCAGGCUUGAAGGCUAAAGAAAAUGAUGAAAACUGUGGUCCUACUACUACAGUUUUUGUUGGCAACAUUUCUGAAAAAGCCUCAGACAUGCUUAUAAGACAGCUCCUUGCUAAAUGUGGCUUGGUUUUGAGCUGGAAGAGAGUACAAGGCGCAUCUGGAAAACUUCAAGCCUUCGGAUUCUGUGAGUAUAAGGAGCCUGAAUCAACCCUCCGUGCACUCAGGUUAUUGCAUGACCUGCAGAUUGGAGAGAAGAAGCUACUUGUUAAAGUUGAUGCAAAGACAAAAGCACAACUGGAUGAAUGGAAAGCAAAGAAGAAAGCUUCUAAUGGGAAUACCAGGCCAGAAACUGUCACUAAUGAUGACGAAGAAGCCUUAGAUGAAGAAACAAAGAGAAGAGAUCAGAUGAUCAAAGGGGCCAUUGAAGUUUUAAUACGGGAAUACUCCAGCGAGCUCAAUGCCCCCUCGCAAGAAUCUGACUCUCACCCCAGGAAGAAGAAGAAGGAAAAGAAGGAGGACAUUUUUCGCAGAUUUCCAGUGGCCCCACUGAUCCCUUAUCCACUCAUCACUAAGGAGGAUAUAAAUGCUAUAGAAAUGGAAGAAGACAAAAGAGACCUGAUAUCCCGAGAGAUCAGCAAAUUCAGAGACACACACAAGAAACUGGAAGAAGAGAAAGGCAAAAAGGAAAAAGAAAGACAGGAAAUUGAGAAAGAACGGAGAGAAAGAGAGAGGGAGCGUGAAAGGGAACGAGAAAGGCGAGAACGGGAACGAGAAAGGGAAAGAGAACGUGAACGAGAAAAGGAGAAGGAACGGGAGCGGGAACGAGAACGGGAUAGGGAUCGUGACCGGACAAAAGAGAGAGAUCGAGAUCGGGAUCGAGAGAGAGAUCGGGACCGUGAUCGAGAAAGGAGUUCAGAUCGGAAUAAGGAUCGCAGUCGAUCAAGAGAAAAGAGCAGAGAUCGUGAAAGGGAACGGGAGAGGGAAAGAGAGAGAGAGAGAGAACGGGAACGAGAAAGAGAACGAGAGCGAGAGAGAGAGAGAGAAAGGGAACGGGAGCGCGAGAGAGAAAAAGACAAGAAGCGGGACCGAGAAGAGGAUGAAGAAGAUGCAUAUGAACGAAGAAAACUUGAAAGAAAGCUCCGAGAGAAAGAGGCUGCUUAUCAAGAGCGCCUUAAGAAUUGGGAAAUCAGAGAACGAAAGAAAACCCGGGAGUAUGAGAAAGAGGCUGAAAGAGAAGAAGAAAGAAGAAGAGAAAUGGCAAAAGAAGCUAAACGACUAAAAGAAUUCUUAGAAGAUUAUGAUGAUGAUAGAGAUGAUCCCAAAUAUUACAGAGGAAGCGCUCUUCAGAAAAGGUUGCGUGAUAGGGAAAAGGAAAUGGAAGCAGAUGAACGGGAUAGGAAGAGAGAGAAGGAAGAGCUAGAGGAAAUCAGGCAGCGCCUUUUGGCAGAAGGGCACCCGGAUCCAGAUGCAGAGCUCCAGAGGAUGGAACAAGAGGCUGAGAGGCGUAGACAGCCACAAAUAAAGCAAGAACCAGAAUCAGAGGAAGAGGAGGAAGAAAAACAAGAAAAAGAAGAAAAACGAGAGGAACCCAUGGAAGAGGAAGAAGAGCCAGAGCAAAAGCCCUGUCUCAAACCAACUCUGAGGCCCAUCAGUUCUGCACCGUCUGUUUCCUCUGCCAGUGGCAAUGCAACUCCCAACACUCCUGGAGAUGAAUCUCCCUGUGGUAUUAUUAUUCCUCAUGAAAAUUCACCAGAUCAACAACAACCUGAGGAGCAUAGGCCAAAAAUAGGACUGAGUCUUAAACUGGGUGCUUCCAAUAGUCCUGGUCAGCCUAAUUCUGUGAAGAGAAAGAAACUCCCUGUAGAUAGUGUCUUUAACAAAUUUGAGGAUGAAGACAGUGAUGAUGUACCCCGAAAAAGGAAACUGGUUCCCUUGGAUUAUGGUGAAGAUGAUAAAAAUGCUGCCAAAGGCACUGUGAACACUGAAGAAAAGCGCAAACACAUUAAGAGUCUCAUUGAAAAAAUCCCUACAGCCAAACCUGAGCUCUUUGCUUAUCCCCUGGAUUGGUCUAUUGUGGAUUCUAUUUUGAUGGAACGACGAAUUAGACCAUGGAUUAAUAAAAAAAUCAUAGAAUACAUAGGUGAAGAAGAAGCUACAUUAGUUGAUUUUGUUUGUUCUAAGGUUAUGGCUCAUAGUUCACCUCAGAGCAUUUUAGAUGAUGUUGCCAUGGUACUUGAUGAAGAAGCAGAAGUUUUUAUAGUCAAGAUGUGGAGAUUAUUGAUAUAUGAAACAGAAGCCAAGAAAAUUGGUCUUGUGAAGUAAAAUUCUUUUUACAUUUAGAAUUCCAUUUCAAUGAUUUCUUCUUUCCCACCCUUCAAAGGACUUUAAUUUUUUUUUUUUUUUUUUUUUUUUUGGUCUUCAAAGACGUUUGUGAGAUCUGUAAUUUUUUUUUUAAUGUAGAAAAUGUGAAUUUUUUUUGUCCUCUAAUUUGUUAAUGCCAUGUGUACUCCCUUGGUUGUAAAGACAUCUGAAUCCUACCAUGGUUCUCUUUAUACUCACCAGGUACAAAUUACUGGUAUGUUUUAUAAGCCGCAGCUACUGUACACAGCCUAUCUGAUAUAAUUUUGUUCUGCUGAUUUGUUCCUUGUAAAUAUUAAAAUGACUCCCCAAUUCUUUUGCAGAAUUGCACUUAAUAUUGAACUGUACUGUAUAGGCACCAACAUGAAUGAUUUUAAAUUGAAAGAAUACCAGUCAUACCUAUUACCCUUACCCCCUUGAUCAAAAAUGGCAGGCCCUCAUGAUGGCAUGGAAUUUAAAAUUAGAGUGCGAAAAGUAGCAGACAAUCCAUUCCUACUGUAUCUCUCUGUAUGAAUGUGUUUGUGUGAAUGUAUGUAUAAAAGUCUUACUUUUCCCUAA